AUAUAAUCAAACUGAAAAGAACUUACCGUGUUGCAAUGAGAACAUUAGCAUAUAUUUUUCCCUGAAAAAAAUAACUACCAUUAACCUUGGGGCAAUGAGAAUAUUAUUGGCUUAUUAUAGUUUUUUCCAGAAAUUCACCUGAACAAUUCUUAUCUUUUUUUACUGGGAUCAUUAUGUUUUGGGAUAAUUCAGCUGGUGGGGUUUGCAGCAUAUUGCGGCCCAUUACAAUAAUAGCUAGCAUGAUUCCACAAAAAAUGUUAUGAUGGAUAGCGUGAGGGCCGUAUGCUACAUCAUGUAUACAACUGCAGGUGAAUUUGCCUUGAAACACGUCUCAGGCUUGAAGAGCAGCCAUCGCACCAUCUUAAUUCCUUCCAACUGUGAUCCGUAGAGUAAUUCCUCUUAUUGCCGGGUUCCUUUGCCUCACGGGGAGGUCCUCUGUAUUAAAGUGGAUUAGUUGAACAGCUCUUAGCCUCUUAGCUAGGCCACUUGCAUUACACUUGUACUUGGGCAUACAGUUUCAUACAUACAGGAGCUUGCAUACAGGUACCAAGGGCAGACUGCCGUUGUGACUUGACAUCUGAAGACAUGCAUAGCAGAUGUUAAAGAUGCAGCUAUAGCUUGAGAAAAGACUUGACAAGAGUCUUCAAUCAAAGGCCUUUACAUUCUGCAGAGGAAUUCUCAACAUUGGCUUCGAUGCAGAAUACGCCAUCAUCCACAAUGACUCAGGCACCGUUGAAGAACGAUGCCAACCAGCAGGGCUGGAAUGAGAUCCAGGAACUACUCCAGCAGACCCAGCAGGAGAACCACUUCAUGAGGCAACAGAUGGAGAUCCUACGCCAUGAGAACCGUGUCCUCAAAGACCGCAUGAAGACCAUCGAUUCAGACACGCAGGUCUCCAAGACGGACAGCGAGAAGGCCAUUCUCCUGGGGCUGGACGGGAACUCUGGUCUGGAGGAGCGUGUGCAAGGUGGCGCGGCGGAAGCCGUGGAGGAAUCAUCCACGAGGGAUUCAUCUUACAUAAUAGCUGACCACACCGGAGAGCUAGUCCUACCUGGCUUUCCGUCGUCCUCAUCAGAUGGUUCGGUGGUUCUUCCGGAUGAGCCAUCGAACAUGUCUGAUGGCAAUUGGGAUAUUCUGAGCAGCGAUGGGGAAGGAUCGAUGGCAAACCUGCAUGACAGGAUCCUUCAGAUGGAGGAAAACCAUUACACUGUCAAUGAGGAGUUGCAAGCAACGCUUCAAGAACUCAAAGACCUUCAGGAUCAGGUGACAGACCUCACCUUAGACACAGAUAAACUCAGUGAGGAGAAGUCAAUGAUCAUUGAAGCCCUCUAUAGGCAAAUGUCCAAAACAGAGAAAAUGAAUAUGGUUGUACAGCAUUUCAAAGGUAUAUGUGAUGAGCAAAAAAUAGAUUAUAAUUUGGAGGAAUUAAACGACUCUUCUCCAAGAACUGCUGUGUCAGACCAGGCUUCAGGAAUGGCCAGAAGUAAAGAAGAGCAGGAGAAGCUGACAAUUCUUUUAAAGGAACACAAUAGUGAGAUUCAGUCAGAAGUCGAUAAGCUCAAGUACCAACUCCUGGAGAUGGAGGGCAUGCUUAGAGGUGCUCUCGCUGCAAGGAAAUCUCUAGAACAAGAGAUAACUGUUUUUAAGGGCAAGUUGUCCAGUUUGGAAGUUGAGCGUGAGAAGGGCGAAACCCUUUUGAGGGCUGAAAAGGACAAAAUAAAUCAGCUGUUUCGGUACUCGGACCCUAAGGGGAUCUUGGACCUUCCCCAGUUGUUGGAAGAUGGAAGACUGAAAACGGACACAGCAGAAUCGAGGUGUGAGGAGCUUGCACGUGCCUUGGAAGAAAGCAAUAACCAUGCAGAGAAACUCCAGGAAGAGUUGGAGAGGAUAGAGGAUGAGUUUGAAUCCAGUAAGAAUCAUUUUGAAGAACAGGUUGAGAGGUAUCAGGUCAUGAUUCGCGAGCUCGACACCGAGAAAGCAGAACUGGAAACGGAAUUGAUUAAUCUCAAGGAAACGGUGAUAGAGUUGGAGGAGACUGUAGAGCGGCAAGAAUACGAUAAGCAACAGCAUCUGAGCACUAUUGCUGACCUUAACCAGGCAGUGCAGACCCUGCGGGAAGAGAAGCAAAAUAUGGGUAGGGAUCUGAUCGACCUGAAGCGUACAAGUGCCCGCGAUUCAGAAGAAUGGGUGCAGUUCCAGCGGGAUCUGCAGAAGGCUGUGGUGAUUGCCAACGAUUACCGCAACGAAGCUCAAAACGAGGUCAAAAUGCUAGAGAAGGACAAAGGGGAGCUUCAUGACCAGAUCAAAAGCCUGUCCGCUGAAGUGGAGAGGCUGCGUAAGAUUGAAAGGACGCUUAAACCCCCUACCCCGACUUCUCCAGCCCCUCCCCGCAGCACUCCUACAGAGAAUGAGAUCCGCCAGAGGAUGCAGGCCAUCAUGAAAUCCUCAGAGAAGGACAUUGUCCGUGGUAGCACUUCUCGUAAAACACUCAGUAACGGGAAAGUCUCGGUGAAGAAUAUCAUCAAGAGCCUGGAGAACAAUGCUGGUGCAGAUGCACCUAAGGCUCCUACGAGUCCCACAGGGACCUCCCCUGUCCCCAUGAACUUCACCAGCAACACCAGGCCUCCAAUGGAGAGGCGGAACACCACCAUAGCAAUAACCAAGAGUAUGAACUCUAAACCUCUAUACACCAGAAGAGCUACCACGACCAUCAUCACCACCCACGACGCUCAGAAGCUGUCAAUGUCUACCUCCGGUCGGGCCAUCGAUGACAGCAUGAUUGGGCGCUCCAGGUCCCAACCGUCGAAUCGCAACGAAGCACGGCAGAUGAUUGGAGAUGCCCUUACCAGGAGUAGAGACUUCUCGACCAGACGCUCAACACCCAGCGGUAGAGACACCAGUGAGUCGCCAACCGCGAGAAGGGCUAAAUCUCUUUGCAACGAACCCAUCUCGUCGGGGCGCAGGUCAUCGUCGUCGUCAUCGUUGAGGGACUCCUGUGAUUCACCCACACCUAGAGACUCAGUAGGAAACCAGUCACCAACUGCCAGGAAGACAACGGAGGGAGUAGACCCUUUGUCUAUGCUAGUCAAAUAUGAAGGAGGUGGUUCCAAGAGAAAUGCCUUACUCAAAUGGUGCCAGGCUAGGACACAUGGCUAUAAGGGUGUUGAAGUGACGAACUUCAGUAGCAGUUGGAACGAUGGUCUUGCUUUCUGUGCUAUCAUACACAGCUACAUGCCUGAGAUGAUACCCUGGAAUGAACUCAAUAAUCAAGACAAGAAAAGGAACUUUACUGUGGCCUUCGUAGCAGGAGAGUCGAUAGAGAUAUCAUCCAUUUUGGACAUUGAUGACAUGGUGAGAUUGGAAAGACCAGACUGGAAAUCUGUCAUGACCUACGUCACAGCGCUAUACAAGCAUUUUGAGACAUAGUCUCGCUGUAGGUGAAAGGAUCACCAGUCUGUCAUGACAGUGCCAUGUUACAGCAUUAUUCAAGCACCUUGUGAUGUAGUCUUGCUGUGGAAGAAAGGAUCACCAGUCUAUGACAGUGUCACAGCAUUGUACAAUCACUUUGGGACGUAUUCUUGCUGUGGAAGAAAGGAUCACCAGUCUAUGACAGUGUCACAGCAUUGUACAAUCACUUUGGGACGUAUUCUUGCUGUGGAAGAAAGGAUCGCCAGUCUGUCAGGACAGUGUCACAGAAUUCUACAACAACUUCGAGACAAAGUCCUGCUGAAUCACAAAGGAUCACCAGUCGAUUAAGUUCAUGAUGUCAACACAGCAUUAUAGAAAGUGUCACUUUUUCAAUAUUCUACAUUGUUUUUUUGACCAAAUAUUUGCAAGUCAAUAAUAUUCCAUUCCAUUUUUUAAACAAUGCUAUGGAGAAAAUUUGUGAAUUUAGUUUGAUAUGUCAUCACAUUUAUUUACAACUCAAACUUUCAGAUCUGCUGGUAUUAAUUUGAAUCGGGUAUAAGAAAGCAGCUUAACAAAUUUGCAAUGAACACAAUGUUCUUUUUGUUCAGUAGAAGUUAUAACAACUUUCUAAAUGAUUUCCCUAAAUGAUUUCACGAUAUAACUCAGAUGGGUAUCAUUUAGAAUAGGGUGAAUGAUGAGGAUAAAAACUUGUCCUGAUGGGCUUGUUAACACCAGAAGAAAUCUCUGAUUGAAUCUCAAUAUUAUAUGGCACAACAUUUUGAAAAUAAGGCGAUUCCAUUAAUUAUGUCCUGCAUAACGCAAGUCUUUUAUCCAUUUUUUUCAUUCAAAAGAAGUAGUGUUUUUAUAUCAGUGCUGGGUAAGCGAGCAAACAAGCUGUAGCUAAUGUUUCCUUUACAGGAACAGAAAAUGGUAUUUUUAUGGGGAUGACGAUAAUUGCCAAAUUGGCAAUAUUACAGCUGAAUAGCAGAAAAUGCAUAAUUGUGCAGCCCUUGUUAGUGUAUUUCUUUUUACUUGCACAACAUAUAACUAUAAGGCUGAAGUCUAUUGCAAUGGUUGCUGUAUGUGUAGUUUAGAAGACCGAAAGGUUACGUCGUAUUCAUAGACUUUUAGAUGGAUUUUGAGUCUGCAUAGCAUACCUAUUUAGCCCAUCACCAAUGAAAAAAUUGAAAGUAGUAGUAUUCAAUUUUCAUGUUUGUUUAUUUAUUUGCUGCACAGGGAUUUCCAGCAAAAGGCUUUUUGUGAAAAAAUAUUGUUUAUUUAAUUGUCACCUUUAAAGUGUGCAUUAAGUUUGCUGGCAUAUUUUUAUUUUUAUUUUUCCUAUUAUAUGGUAUGUAUUUUAUUCAUUAUAAUCAUAGUUAUGAAUGUUAGGAUUUGUACUUAUUUUGUGUUUGUUUGAGUUUAUUCAGUAUUUAUUUAUAUUUCAAGUAUUACUCCGGUGUGUUGUGAUGCCAAAUAUUAUUUGAAUUUUUUAAAAGCCUCUUCUUUUUAGCAGCAUUCCAAGGUCCCGUACCACAAAACUUAGCAGUUGAUCGCAUAAUUGAUUUUUGUGAUUGAUGGCACAUUGUGAUCAAUGCAAUCAAUCGCAAAAAGCAAUUGUACAAUCAAUUGCUAUUAAGUUUUAUGUUACGGGGCCAAGCAGCAUUGAAUAUAAAAGCUUCUUUAUUCAACAUGCAAAGUUAUCUUCAUACUCCUGUCAAUUGAGACGCAUUAUAAGUUUGAGGUAGGAAACAUCUCCUUUUAAACAUUAUUUUAAAUGUCUUACCAAAUGCCAGAUAUCUUCCAGAUAUUUUCCAGGGUUCUUUUUAUCAUUCCACUUUUAAGAUAUUUGCAUUCCCUUUCUGUUAAGAUAUUAGUUGAUGUGAUUCCAUUUUGUGACAAAUACAUUGUGGCAAGCAACACAUUCCUUCUCAUGUCAAAAUCCAUACCUGUACUUUUUUAUUAUGAUUAAAUGCAAUUAAUUUGAUUCCACUGUUACCAAUGUCUGUGCAACACGACUAUUUGGUCCUAAAAAUAACAAAAUUCUGAUGUGUAGUGUAUGGCAUUUUUCUCUUGGGGUUCGUUAUGUCAGUCUCUAGAUAAGAACCUCGACUCCAACAUAAACAUUUGUUGGAUCAGAGGUUUAUACAAUAAUUAUGCAUGUAGAGACUGCUUAGGGUAGAAGAAAAAAAAGCAGUCUUUACGGUAAGAGGUCUUUUUAUACAGGUUUCUUUGUCAGGUUCCCUAAUGCAGACUUCUGCGAGAAACACUGUUCAAGGGAAAAAGAAAUAAUGUGGUCUUUAUAGACAGGUGGUAUUGAUACGUAGGUUGUCGAUCUAUACAGGUUAUUGCUAAAGCUGGUUUGAUUGUAGUAUACAUUAUUUAAAUUAUUGGCAGUGACAAUUUUGAUGAAACAUUUCAAUGUUUAAGGUAGUAUUUGAGGCUGCGCACUUCAUCUGUUAUCACAAACUAUUGAACACAGCUUUAUUCAACAGUUAAGCAACAAUUUUAUUUCAGCUUCCAAAUCUUUAUCAUUGAAACAUUGCUGGCAACGAUAUAAAUCUUGUUUUGUGGUAAAAAGCAAUAUUUCUUCUAAAGCAUUGCAUUGCACUUGCAUACUGAAUCAACUGUCUGCCUAUGUAUAAUGUGUGUUCCAAACUUUCUGUGGUUCGAAAGCUUGUAGAUUGAAGAAGAUGGUUGCUUUUUAUCUGUGUGUGACAUAGAUUCUUAAUGAAUUGAAAAAUUCCUAUGCAAAUAUUGCAAGUGUAUUCCAUUCACCGACAACAGAGGGCAGACUUUGUCCAAUUUUUGGUGACGUUUUCUGACAUUAGCAUCACAGUUAUGGCCUUGUAUUAAAAUGUGUUCUGUUUCCAUUUUAUGAUGUGCAAGCGAUGGAUGUUGCAUCUCCAUCUCUCUCUCUCUCUCUCUCACUCUCUCUCUCUCUCUCACUCACUGUCUCUCUCUCUGUCUCACUUUCUCUCUCUCUCUCUCUCUCUCUCUCCUUUCUCUAUUGAUGUAAAAACUGGGCGCUAACAAAUUAGUUGUAUGCUUCAGAUUUUUGUGUUCCAGUUGUCUGAAGUCACUGCCGGCUCUUGAUAAGUUUAUGCACUAGCUGAUCUUUAGCAUAUCUUCCUCUCGGUUGAAUUGGCUGAGAUAUGAAAACAAAUUUGUGUAAUUUAAAGCACUUUUAGUCAUUUUGACAGUGAUAUAAACAGAGAUAUAGAAGAGGAAAAAAAUAGAUAUGAAGCUUUAAAGCUGUGGUCUGCUUGUUCUCUUUGAAAAUUGAACCUCUGUACAUUGUCAUCUGUUUCAAUAUGUAAAUUCAUGUUACCUGUAAUACUUAUUAAGUUUCCAUUUAUUAUAAUUGAUUAUUUGACAAAGUUCUAUGGCUGAAAUUGACUUAAAUUCUUUUCUUUUUUUAGCCCUUCCAACGGAUUCCUUUAGUGUAUGAUAUCACACAUUAACGUACAAAGCAAAUUCAUAUUAUUCCAAUGUUCCUAUGUCUUUCCAACUAAUUUAUUAUAAUUCCUAUUUAAAUAGUUACUACUGACUCGGAUGUAUACAUCUGAAUGCUAAGUGUGGUAUAUAUCUUUUAAUUAUGUACACAUCUGAACAUAAUGCAAUCACUGCAUAACUAUUAUGAUACCAAUUGUUAAAUUUAUUAAUAGAUAUUAUUGCACUUUAAAAAGCACAUCACAUUAUCACUAAUAUAUCUCCAUGACUAAAGUGAUUUUUAUUAAUGUAUGAUAGUUUGACAAAAAUAUUUUGAGUAUAUUGUGUAUUCAUAUUUAUAUGUUGUGAUAAAUGAUCGUUAACCUGAAAGCAUAUGAUGAGUUGAUUUAUCAUAUAUCUAUACAACAAUUGGCCUGCUGAAUGGCGAAGAACAUAUGAAAACAAAUAAGCAAAUAUGGCAUGUUUAUUUUCUACGAGCUCAUAAUGACUUUAGAGAUAUACUCAAAGAAGACGAUAAAGUUUUAAAAGGUGAUUGAUGAUUAUUCUGUAAACGUGCUAGAUAACAGAACUUGAUAAAGUUUUAAACAAUGGUACAUUUAUUUCCAAGUAUCAUGAUCUGUAAUUCAUUCCAAACUUCCAUUUUUGUGUUAUGACCAUAUCUAUAUCUGUUACUUUGUUUGAUAUUACUUCCAAUGUCUUAUAUUUUGGGGCAUUCUUUUAGGUGCUUUUCUCUAUGACUGUUUUGUCAUGUGGGUUAUCCAUUUUCUUUUUAGCUGCAGGACUCAGACUGGUUCUCCAAAAUAAACUGAAACCAAAUUGUGACAUGGGUGUUUCUUCAACUAUGAUAUCGUAGCACAUGUAUCUGCAGAAAUAAAAUGUUACUUGCUCUCUUCCCAAAUGCAUUUCAAAUAUGGCCUGUUGAGAGACAGAAGGGUGUUAUUCCUUUGUUAGAGUCCUUUUGGCUCCUAGCAGGUGAUACAGUGAAAAAUAACAUAUUUGCCUGAUUAGGUAUGCAAGGUAUAUCAGUGUGUGUACAUUUUCUUUUAAUCAGUGGUAUUUGGAACCAGUGUAUAUAUAUAUUCAUGUCAUAUUUUAUUCACAAAGCGGUGAAUAGUUUUCACCAAACGGUUCAAUGAAGACUUCACCUCUCUUACUUUGUUUUAGCUGUACAAUUUACUGGCAUUUUUCUUCUUUUUCUGAAAGCACAACUUUACAAGUCAGGGUUAAAGGUGUUUUGCUACAUUGUAUAUCUGUAUUUAAAGUUGACCAGGGAUUAACUUUGCCUGGAGAAACUGUUCUUGAAGAUUAAACGAUAUGUGGAUAUAUUAUAGUGGUGUGUGUUGCUCAGUGUAUGCAAAAACUAUAUGGAGUGAUGAUUCCAUUUCAAAAUAAAUAGAUUUGAAUAUCAUAUCCAA